CCCUGGAGGGGUCGUCGGUUUCGCGAAUGCGCCGUUGAGGCGGAGGGGGCCACCGCUAUGUCGCUGCCGGGCUCGCCGGCCCCGCGCUGGGCCCCGACGCACGUCCAGGUGACGGUGCUCCAGGCGCGGGGGCUGCGGUCCAAAGCUAAGGGCGGCAGCGGCAGCGACGCCUACGCCGUCAUGGCGCUGGGCAAGGAGAAGUUCGCCACCUCGGUGGCCGAGCGCUGCCUCGGCUCGCCCGUGUGGCGGGAGGAGGCCACCUUUGAGCUGCCCCCGCCGCCGCGACGGGGCCCGGGCGGGGCAGUCGGGCCCGGACCGCACGCCGUGUUGCAGCUGACCGUCUUCCACCGCUCGCUGCUCGGCCUCGACAAGUUCUUGGGCCGCGCCGAGAUCGGCCUCGCUGAGCUGCAGACCGAAGGCGGCCGCCACAGCACCCGAUGGUACAGUCUUCACUCCAAACCAGGGAAGAAGGAAAAAGAGCGGGGUGAGAUUGAAGUGGAUAUCCAGUUCAUGAGGAGCAACCUGACAGCCAGCAUGUUUGAUCUAUCCAUGAAGGAUAAGUCUCGGACUCCCUUUGGCAAACUGAAAGACAAAUUAAAAGGGAAACGGGGCAAUGGGUUGCCAGACACAGCCUCAGCAAUUAUUCCUAGCAUUACUCACUCUCCAGCUGACAGUGAAGAAGAGUCAAAUGACAAAGAGAAGAAAAAAUCAAAGUUCAAGACACUGUUCUCUAAGCCUGGUUUGCAUAAAAGCAAUAUUUCUCAGUCCAUGUCUGUGCUACCUACUCUCCAGCCUGUUUCAGAGAGAGUUCGACUUCGGCCCAGUGACUUUCAUUCACAGUGGAGUGAUGAUGAAGAUGACGACACUUUGACGUCGGUCUCUGAGAAGCCCUCUACAAACAGAACCAACAGUAAUGUGCUUUAUCCCCCUUCUGUCAUGACCCACAAAAGAACUGGCAGUGGAGACUCCAAGCAAUUAAACCAAAUCACUGCUGGCAAUGCCAAGAAGGAUAUGCAUUCUUUAUUUGGCCUCAAACCCAAAAAUGACCCAGUUUCCAGGUCCAAUCUGUGUAUUAAUGGCAGCCACGUUUACAUGGAAGAAAGUGAAUCAAAGAGUGAUACUGUUCCAAAAGAAGGCACUCCAUCUUCUCCUCAGACUCCCCAGCGAAAACGUCUCUUUUCGUCUCAGGAGAACUUGUCUUUUGAACCAGACAAGGAACUUGAAAACCCUGGAAGGUUGCCCUUUGAUAAGCAGCCGUCUGGAUCGUCUUCCUUGGAAUCCUUUAAAGCCAUGACUCUGCCAUCGUACAAACUACUUGCUGGUGGGGAUUUGGUGGAAAACAACAUUCCAUUGGUUUCAGACACUCCAAAAGAAACCAAGGAGACCAAAAAGCAGGAGAACAAGAAGUCUGGCUUGCUGUCUCUUGUGACAGGGAAAAAAGAAACAAAAAUCAGUGAGGAGAUGGGGAGCACUGAAACUUCUCUCAAGGUAAAGGAAGUGAAGCGUAAUGAAAAAGAAUUGGCAAGAAAGGAGACAAGCCCUUUUCAGGUCCCUGUGGAUGGCAGAAGGGGUCAUGACCCAGCUAAGAGCAAUGCUACAGAUGCUGUGAUUGUGAAGACAUCAACAAAUCCUUUCAGUGAAAAUAUUGUGGAAGGAGAGAAACCAGGAAAAAAUGCAGCUUCUGUGAAACCUUCUCAGACGAAACUUGUCAAACCCAGACUGGGCGUGUCUUCAGAGGAUGAAACCAAGGCCUCCUUUUUUCCUCCUGUACCUCUUCCUCCUACUUGCUAUCCUUCAAAUAAUGAAAAUAAUCCUUUUACUUCCAAAUUUGAGGCAAAACAGAAAACUCAGGAAGCUGGUAGGCUUGAUAGUUCAAAAAAUGGUUCUGUAUAUCCUGGUAAUAAUCCAUUCACCUCAAAAUGGAUGCAGGAUUCCAGCGAUUUGGAAUGCUCUGCAGUUUCUGUCUGCCUUCCUUCUACUUCUGACAGUGAAAAUAAUCCCUUCACUCCUAAAUGGGGACAAGAAUCUCAGACACGGGAGAUGGAAAUCUCUUCCUUACAGUCUCCUGCAGUUUCCCUUACUGAAACUCAUACUAUUCCUUCUCAGCUUUCUAAUGUUGAUGAUCCUUUUGUAGUCAAAGUAGGACAGGAAACUGAUAGAAUUAAAAGUCCUCCCACUUCUUUUAGUUCUGUAUCUUUAGCUGGAAACAUUGAUAAUUCCAAGUACACUGGUGAAGUUUCUUCAGAAAAGUUUCAAAAUGAAAACUUAACUUAUCAGAGAGAUACUAUAUCCAACUUUUCUGAUUUUCUGUCUGAGAGUCCUCCUCCACAGUCUUAUGACCUAGUUAGUGUGAACCAAAAAGCUCCAUAUGAUGACAAAGUGCAUAGAGUACCACCUUUUAAAGAAAAUAAUGGGAUGAAGAAGUUGGUAGCCUUUGCCCUUGAUGAAUCAAAAGAUGAUGUAAUAAGUAGUCAUAAUGACAGUGCAGAUGAAGAUCCAUUUGAGAUAAAUGAAAAUAAAGAAGCAGUACAUUCAGUUGAAAAGAAUAGCAGCCAGAUAAUUGAAUUAAACAUAGACAAUAGCUGUGUCUCUAAGCCUGAUGAAGACAAAAAUUUUCAUCAGAGGGGGAAAACUUUAGGGAAGGAAGUUGAAUCUGGCUGCUCAUCUAAAAUAGAGCCACCGGUACCAACUGCAAGAGUCCUCAUUCCUCUGCCUGUGGAAACCAACAUGUCAGGUACUGAAUUGAGUGACAAAACUCUCUCUGUACCACCAAAACCAGCACCAAGAAGUGGUUUGAAAGUGAAAAAAGGUGUGUAUCUUCCUCUCACUGAUGAAUCAAAAAGAGAAGGUGUUUCAAGCUGCGCGUCUGUUCCUAAAGAGAUUCCUACAGACAGUUCAAUCUUUAGUGAAAAGCUAAGCCAUGGUUGCUCAUUAACUUCAGAAAUGGCUGUUCUUCCUCAUGGAUAUGAUGGUGGUAACAUGGAUCCAUCUCGAAGUGGUAAUGACUAUGCUAACCACAUAAUGAGAACAUCACCUGGAAUUUCAGCUGUUGGAGAGUUGAAUGUAAAUCCCAUUGCUCUUCCUGCUAUUCUAGAAGUAGCUUCAGAUGAUGAGCAAUUAGGUGACUAUCAGCAGAGUCCUGAAAAUAUGACAGUAUGUGAAGACUUGCCAAGAAAUGAUUUUAUGAAUUUGUGGUCUUCCAUUGAGAGGAGAGAUCUGGCAUCAACUGAGAAAGCUAUUGGAGAGACUAUAUCAGGUCUCGUGCAAUGGAGUAAUCUUAGCGAUGCAUCCAACACAUUGUUGAAGGAUCCAGCCAACAAUGUGUUAGAUGCAGUAGUACAUCAAAACCCACGUCAUAACCUAACAGGCAUGGGACAGAAGAGUGGAGAUCACUGUGAGGAAAAUAGGCAGAAUGUUUGUCCUGAGUCUUCUGCUGAGCCUGUUUCUCUUUCCCCUCUGUCUGAUCCUUCUGAGUCUUGCUCUAUUAGCUCUUUCCAAUCUGAUUCUCUUGGCUUUAAUAAAGCAGACUCUCCGAAAAAAGCUACAGCAGAAGGAUUGGAUGCCAAAGUGGAAAGCUCUGGCAAGAAGAAGCUGCUUCAGGCAUGGGUUUCACCCUCUGAAACACAUCCCAAUCCUGGUGGAAAUUCUACCAAACUCAGACUUCAUCCUGUGAAGCCAAUGAAUGCUACAAUAAACCAGCUACCUGUAAAAACCUUGAGCAUAAAUACUAAGAUCCUGGAUAACCAGACUGAAAUCAAUCUGAAGAAAUAUGACCCUUCAGAUCCUGCUUAUGCUUAUGCUCAGUUAACUCAUGAUGAACUGAUCCAGCUGGUCUUGAAACAGAAAGAUAUUCUUGCAAAGCGAGACCUCCAGGUACGAGAGCUGGAAGAUUAUAUAGAUAACUUGCUUGUUAGAGUCAUGGAAGAAACCCCCAACAUUCUUCGAAUUCAAGUCCACCCCAAUAAGAAAGCUGGAAAGAUGUAAAAUGGCAGCUCAACCUGGAUGAGGACUUUUCCACUCAAAUUUAGGGAGUAGAGAAUGUGGAACGAAAUAACUUGCUUCUACCAAAACAAAGGUUAUUUAUGUCUGAGUAAAAUUGGUUUUCUUAUCCUAGAGACUGGUUAGAUAAUCCAAAAUGACAGUCUUUCUUCAGAUCCUUAUACCCUUCCAAUACAAUGCACAUAUUUUGGUGCUGUGCUACGAUUAAAAGUAUGAGAUUAUGAAACUUCAAGAGAGCUAUGUGAACCAGUUUUCUACUGUGAAUAAUACUGUAACUGGAGCAUUUAUACAGAAUUUUACGUAAAGUUGAAAAAUGUUUCCCACAGUUUUCAAAGCCACAGACUUCUGUGGGUAAUAUUAAUUUUUCAUGCAAUAUAUGCAAUCUUAUCCUAAGCAGUCUCAUGCUAAUUCACUGAAGACAUUGGAAUAUCAUCUAGCCCCUCAUUUUAAUUUGCUGGAAAAUGAAUAUAUUAUUGGAAAACUGGAUGCCUUUGAAAUCAUCACGGUGAUUUUCACAAGUCCUCACAAGUUCUUAUCAGUUGGGGUUGAUGCUGCAGAUGUUUACAGUGGAUUGUGUACUGAGCUUCUUGCAUUAUUCAUUGGGGAACCAUAGGUAAAAAUUGCAUAGUAACGGCUGGUGAACAAACACUGCUUGCUUGUAUUGGCUAAAUUGAAAUGACAAAAUUCUGCACUUCAGCACUGAGUUUUAUGAUUUCUAAUUGUGACUAGUUUGGGGUGUAUUGUAUUUGAUCUGGACUGGGACAAACUGGUAAUCGCACCAAAGCUAGUUGCUCAGUUGUAGAUGAUGGCUUUUAAAUACAGAUUAAAGCAGGGAUAGGUAAUCUUGGGCUUUAAGAGUACUAUGAGACAAAACUCCUGGAGGAGUGCUAGUUGCUUAUCCCUCUGUGAUUUUAGGAAUGUGGAUGGAACUGGAAUGUUCCUAUCUCCAAACUUUUUAACAGUUUGAAGGUACAUCUUCACACAAUUCUUGAUUGGCAUUGAAUAUUGACUGAGCUUGCUUUUUAGCAAACUCUCCUUUGUUCAGAAAUUGAUUUGUGUUUCUUCCUUCUCUCUCAUUCAAUAAAGUGUUCCCAGAAUGGCUUCCUAUUUGUGAACACCUUCACAAAAAUUCCCAUCUAACAAAGUUCUGUUCAGAAAAUAUGCUGAGAAAAUUGCUGUAGUUAAGUCCUUUUAGAGUAACAGUCUACUUAGGCUAGUACAAUUACUUUGGUCAGGAAGGGUCAGACAGUUUUGUGAGUUCCAGAACACCUCCUUACUGUCUCUUUCUUUAGCUCUUCCAGGUUCUGUAUUCCCUCCCUUCCCAUGCUUCAGAGGUAUAAUGGCUUGUGAUGGUUAUUAUGGGUGAAAAUCCUCCCAGAUAAAAUUGUAGACUUUUAGAAUCUGCAACUGAUGAGCAAGCAGUUAGAAAUCUUUAGGGGUACCUUUUUGUUAAGUGAAGAAAAGGCAUUCUUUUUCAUCAGGUGUCACUGCAAAUGUGUAUGCAAUUCUUUAACACCCCCCCCCACUUUUUUUUUUCUUAUGCAGUGAAAAGAUUUGUUAAAAUUUGCUCCUUUCCUUUUCAGGUAUUGCUGAGCAAAGUCUUUCAGCUCUUGUAAUUCCAAGCAUUUAUUUGCUGUGGCCAAGGGCUGUAUAUGCAGUAUUGUUGGUCAACUCAAAUUUUCCUUUCUCAAUACCUGUCUUAAAUUUGACAUGGACAAACUUGACAAUCUGAUAAGUGGCUCAAAUCUGAGUUGAUAUUUAAGUUUUGUUUUAUUUGAUCAAGUAAACUAAACAGGAAAAUAUUGAUGUGAGAGUGUCUGUGGGCUUGUUUUCAACAUGCUCUACAGCAGCAGUUUUUUACAUUGGGGCAUGUGGUCUGGGAAUCUAGAAGCUUGGUUAGGGCCUGGCCAUGGUAUUGUGCCGGUGCUCUUCUGUUCCUGAUGAUGUAAAGGUUUUGAAUUGUCAGGUUUUUCCUCAGCUAACUACACUUUUCCCCAGAGUUAGAGAAAUGUAGCUCGACCUAUUUUUUGCAAUGUUUACUUGAAUUAUCUUUCCACAAUGAAUAGCCUGUAUGGUUUUUGAUAAAAGGCAAUUGGGAACAUUCACUCUCUCAGCAUACAUGCAAGGUUUGUAUAAAACAGAACAGACUUCCUUUUUCCUGUGAAAAUAAUAGUGCGUGGUAAAGUGGGAAGGAUAAAUACAGUACUUUUAAAUCUCGCUGACACUUUAAAUUGGAAGGUUAAAGAGGUUUUUAAUUCUUAAGCAGAAACAAUAGAUAAAUUGGUUUUGGACUAUGGGUGAAUUGUGCCUUCAGGGAAAGAAUGAGUAGUCCAGAUCUAGUGGGAAAACUGCAUUUUGUGUGCUUAUUUUAAAACUUUCUAGUCAUCUCCCUUCUUAUGAUUUACAAAAAAUCCAUUUUAAUGUUAUUACAGGUUAAUUUGGAUUAGGUCAACCAUUAUACUGCUGCAAACUGAGGUUUAAUUAUAAAAUCUAAAAUUUUAAGUUCUGUCUUAGGAGAUAGAAACUACAUGUAGAGAUCAGCAAGGUACUUUGCAGGAUUACAAAAGUGUGUGCAUGUUUGUGUUCUAGCCACUCAGAUCUAUUACUGUCCAAAAAUUGUUAGCACUCCUAGCUAGCCAAUAAAAUGCAAGUACCCACAGCAAUGUAAAUGUUUAGAGGCAACAAAGAAUUAACUUAAUCAUUUUACUAUAGCUACUGUUUAUUAUCUUCCUAUGCACUUUAAUGAGGGAUGUGGUUGGCACAGAACCAUUCUUCAGCCCUCUCAUUGUACUUAGUCACAACACUGAAUUACAGUGUAAAUUUCUCAGCUAAAUUUACUAAUAGUGCACAGUUAAUUGCUCUUGGCACUGCAUAAUCUGGCAGUCACCAAAGAACAGAAUACCUUAGGUGGCUACUGUACUCAUGUUUUGAGAAGAGGUGUAGUUUGUAUGACUUGCGUUACCAGUGCAUUCAUAACCUAAUUACAUAUUUUAAGGUUUGGUACGCAAUGAGUAAUAUAUUUUAAAGUCUGGUUCUGAGGGAGGAGUAGAUCAUACUCUCUGUUGUUGCCAUAAACUGAGUGUGAAACUUGUUGAAUAGACUUGUCUGUCUCCCCUGUGCAGCGUAGUUCUAAAUCGGUCAAUGUACUUAACUGAGGCUGUCUCUUUGCCUCAUUUGUUGGAUAGAAUUAGAACAAACAUUUCAGAUUUUUGCAAGGAAAAGAAUAGUGGCCUGCCAUAUUGAAGGCAGUGGGUCAUCCUGAAAUUGCUGGUACUGAAAUGUGUAACAAUGCAUAUUUUUCAGGUAAAAGAAAAGGUUUGGGUAUUUUUAAAGUCUGGCUGCUUCCCUCUGCUGGUUGAAGCACAAUGCUGUAUGCCUGCUGCUUUUAUGAAAAGACAUAUUGGAAUUUGUAUGUCUGGUUCCAGAACAUUGAAUAGCUGCUUUAACACCAUACUUCCUAGGAAUAAAUUUCUGAAAUAGACUGGAAUUGUAUUCUAAACAUGUCUGCUAAUAAAACGGCAGGUGACAGCAAAAACAAAAACUUGUGCUGGACAAAUUUUGAGUGGAUUGAGAAAAUUAAAUUUAGAAUUCUUAAAACUUUAAUAUAAGUUCCAGGUGGUUGGUCAUUCUUGUGGUAAAUUAUGGGAAUUGCAAUUAGGAGCAUGCUAAACAUUCCAACCUGAAGCAGGCUGUCUGCAGCCCCAAUAAUUGGAAAGGCCCAUUUCAUGUUUGCAGUGUUGCAUGAUAACCUUUUGGACAAGGUUGAUUUCAACACACACAAAGAGCACUUAAUUGGGGAAGAUAGUUUUAAGUCAUAACUGUAUGUACUUACGGGUUUUAAGUGGGGCAGUUUCACAUAUUGUAACAUACAUAGAAGGAGUUACAUCUGGGCCCAGUUGUGCCAGCUUUGCCUUCCUACAAAGGUCUGAUUCACUAUAUAUCACUCAAUACCUAGUAAUAGUGCCUUAAAAUCAGUAUUUUACUGAACAGUUUAAGUACAAUCUGUUCACGUAAAUUCUUGAGUUUUAGUAAAAUGGUUAUGCAAUGAAUAGUUUAUCUCCCUCUGUAUAUUUAACAUAGAAGGAUUUGAAUGUAUGUUUCUGCUUUGUUACACUUGGUACAUUACCUGAUGGUUUUUAUGCAAAGACCUUCAGCCUUAUGAAAUGUUAAAAUAAAGUUAUUUAAAGUUAAA